AUGUCCCUUCCCCCUGAAGCUCUCAUUAGCCCCUUCCAACGGGAAGAUGUGACUUGGGAUAUUUAAUUCCAGAUGUCCCAGCUGUGAGUUCUCCACGGCCCUUUGAAUGGGACCAUCUGAAAAGCCAUCCACUGGCUGGAGGCAAGAGGAAGCAGAGAUGCAAAUUGGUUCCACGCUGGAUUGGAAGAGCAGGGGGUGGAGGCUGGAAGACAGGAGCACUGCCCCUUUCCUCUUUCCCCCAGCCCUGUCCUUCCUCCUCCUCUUACCACUGGCCAGUGCUCUGCAGCCCAUCCCACUGCGCUUUCCAGAGGUGAGGCUGGUGGGGGGCCCAAGCCGCUGCCGGGGGCGCCUGGAGGUCCUGCAUAGUGGCUCUUGGGGCAGUGUCUGCGAUGAUGAUUGGGACGUGGUGGAUGCCAACGUGGUGUGUCGUCAGCUGGGCUGUGGCCUGGCACUGCCCGUGCCUCGGCCCCUUACCUUUGGCCAGGGUCAAGGCCCCAUCCUGCUGGACAACGUGGAGUGCCAGGGGCAGGAAGCUGCAUUGAGCGAGUGUGGCAGCCGAGGCUGGGGUGUUCACAACUGUUUUCAUUAUGAGGACGUCGCUGUCCUGUGUGAUGAAUUCUUGCCCAUGCAGCCCCCAACAAGGAAAGUGUUAACGAGUAAGGUGCCCCUUACAACUCCCAAGAAUGGGAAAGGUGAGGGCAGUGUGCGCCUGGUCGGGGGUAUGGGCCCUUGCCAAGGCAGGGUGGAAAUCCUGCAUGGCGGCCUGUGGGGCACCGUGUGCGACGAUGACUGGGGGCUGCCGGACGCCGCCGUCGUUUGCCACCAGCUGGGCUGUGGAGCAGCCCUGGCCGCGACCACCAACGCCUUCUUCGGCUAUGGCACGGGGCACAUCCUGCUGGACAACGUGCACUGCGAAGGUGGCGAAUCCCGCCUGGCUGCCUGCCUGAGCCUGGGCUGGGGCGUGCACAACUGCGGCCACCACGAGGACGCCGGAGCACUCUGCGCAGUCCUGGGUACCCCAACUCAGGCAGCACUGCCACCCUUGGCCACAAGAGAGGACUCGGCCUGGCACACAGAGCCAGAGACUACGGGAGUUGGUGCCCUGCCUUCCAAGGAGACAGCACUGUUCACCACAGCUGCCUGGGCCUCAGGGAAGAAAAGUGGUCGGCUGCGGCUAGUGGGCGGCCCGGGCCGGUGCCGAGGCCGCGUGGAGGUGAUGUACGCCGGGAGCUGGGGCACCGUGUGCGACGAUGACUGGGACUUCGCGGAUGCGCGCGUGGCCUGCCGCGAGGCAGGCUGCGGGCCUGCACUGGGCGCCACGGGCCUCGGCCACUUCGGCUACGGCCGCGGCCCGGUGCUUCUGGACAACGUGGGCUGCGCCGGCACAGAAGCCCGCCUGAGCGACUGCUUCCACCUGGGCUGGGGCCAGCACAACUGCGGCCACCACGAGGAUGCGGGCGCGCUCUGCUUAGGCCCAGAGGAGCUAGGACUGCAAGUCCAGCAGGACGGUUCUGAGACCACACAGGUCCCGACUCCUCGGCCCAGGGAUGGGCACCUACGUCUGGCCAGUGGAGCCCACAGAUGCGAGGGGCGAGUAGAGCUCUUCCUAGGACAGCGGUGGGGCACUGUGUGCGAUGACGCUUGGGAUCUUCGGGCAGCCACUGUCCUGUGCCGCCAGCUGGGCUGUGGCCAGGCCCUGGCAGCCCCUGGUGAAGCCCACUUUGGCCCAGGUCAAGGCCCUAUCCUCCUGGACAAUGUCAAGUGCCAUGGGGAUGAGAGUGCCCUUCUGCUCUGUUCUCAUAUCCGCUGGGAUGCCCACAACUGUGACCACAGUGAGGAUGCCAGUGUCCUGUGCCGGCCAUCAUGACCCAGCCUGCUUUGCACACCAUCUCUUCUGGGAAUAUACUGUGGCCUUCCCCCUUUCUCCAGGAAGCCCUCCUCUGACAACCACAGUUCACUCUCCCCUACCCUCUUGCCUGGGAGAGAACCUGCUCAGACAGUGUGGUCCUGUAUGGGGGGGGUCUGUCUGGCUUUACCCCAUCAACUGAUUGUGUGACUUCACCUGGCAUCAACUAUUGUGGACCCAAUUCAAUGACAGCUCCCCUUCUGCUCAACCACAAUAGAAAACGGGGAGGGGAAGAGUGACUCCUAACUCUUCUCUUUGGCAGGGGCCACUGUUACCUGCCUUCCUGGACCCUUGUCCAGGAGGUUCAGGAGCUCUCUGUAAAUAAGGUAUCUCCCUUCCCCUACCCAUCUUGGGAUCCCCAAGAAGAGGGAAAGCAGAAAAGGCCUACAGCUCUUACCUUAGACUGCCUGGACCUGCAGAAGAACCUGGGUCAUUGCCCUGGCCUUCUCUAUGAGGGCCCAGACUCAGAUGGUGCUUGGUUGGACAGGGGGACUGGAGGGGCCAAAGCAGGGACAGUGGCCCCUCCUUGCAGCUGGGACCAGCAUCUCUGAUUUGUGCUGCCCCACCACAGAGCCUCCACUUUGCAAUAGCAAAGAACCCAGGGGGCCUAUAGCCACCUGUUCAUAGGUGCCAAGUCAAUAAAGCAUUU